UUCAAGUCCAAGGGGUGUCAAGUCCAAGAAAAAUGUAGGAAAAUUCUAAGAAAAAUUUCAGAAUGUUCAAGACAAUUUCUAGAGUGAAGACAUUCUAGGAGUACACUAUAGAAGUCUAGAGAUCUUUUAGAGAAAUUUGAAGAAACCUCAAAAAAAAUUAUGAAGAAAUUCUAAAGAGACUUUACCUGGAUGCCCAAAUUCUAGAAAAAUUUAACGAGGUUUUAAAAAGAAUUUACGAAACUGUACACAACUGCCACUAAAAUUACAAAAAUCUAACUAGAUUACAGGGAGAAUAAAUGUAGAGUCCAGAUAAAUUCCAUGGAGAAGCUAAGUGGGCUGACCUAGACCGUUUAUACUUGCAAUGGACAAAUGUGCUAAAUAGUCGUAUGUUCAAAAUUUCAAACAAAUAUCUCAAAAGAUGCAGCUCGAACAGCAGUUCAAGCAUUUGAUCGUUUACGAAAUCGAUCGAUUGUGUUAUCAAUGACGAUCGAGUCGAUAUCGAUGAGCGUGACAAGAGAACCUUACGAGGUUGCGACAGCUGCCUCAGCCACGAAGAGAUGAAGACGGGCCAAGCUGAAACUGGGAGAUGUGGGAUCAGCUGCCGGAGCUGAUAUUGACGCAGAUAUUUAGUCACCUCGAUCGUGGGGAUCGUGCCAAUGUUGCACAAGUCUGUCGCUCAUGGAACCGUGCACUUUCCUCGCCAAUUCUUUGGCGAUCCGUGACAGUCCUCAUCGAUCGUGAUCUGCGGGGUGACUUUCCUCUGGCGGGAGAAUUAGCAGCAAAAUAUGGACAGCACAUGCGAAGUCUGGAACUGGCCUGGUCGCGGCCAUACAUAUUGCCAAGAGAAGCUCGCAUAACUCGCAAUAUUCAAGCCGAAGCAGGAGCCGAUUUCCUUACGGUCAUAAGAGCCAAAAAUGUCCAACUGAAACGAUUGAUACUCACCGACUGGAUAUUUAGCUGCAAGUGGGGAAACAGAGGAAAACUGUUGUACGCUCUUGCGAACUUUCUAGGCUGUCAGCACAAUCUGGAAACAUUAAGCUUGUUGAACGCGAAUCUCGGCGUGAGCGACGUGUUGCGACUUUUAGCCAGCGUAUCCAGAGGUUCCAGCGAGCACCUGGAGUAUAUAGAUCUUCGAGGUGCAUUCCGAGAAUGGCAAGCUCCCCACAGCAAUUCGAGAUACUUGCGUCUGCUUGGUCGGUUUCGAGCGUUGACCGUUUUGAGACUCGAUUACCCGGCCCUGUCCGAUCAGACCCUGAACGCGUUGGCGAACGCGGCCUCGAAGGUGCUGAAAAUCCUCCACAUAUCGGUACGGGACUCGGAUUCCAGGCAGCACACGAUCGCUGACACAGCCUGGCACAAUUUGGUGCUCGUUUGCCCGGAACUCACGGUGUCCUACACUAUAGUUAACAUCUCCCAUUACGAAGAUAUGUGUUAUCUGCUGUUGCCCAGUGUGCCAUUGGCUAGCUUUCAAAUGUUCAGCGGUCACGUGUGGGAUCAAAGCAGAUCUCGUAAUUUCAGAAGCACUGUCGGACUGCUUAUUACUCAUUACACCAACACACUAGCCGAAGUGAUGCUACAGUUAAGAAACAAUCGCGAAUUGCUCGACGAUUUGCUGGUGUCCAUGCUCGUACGUUGCAAACACUUAACGAGAUUACAAUACGACGGCAUAAUAAGGAGUCUUGACACUUUGCGUGACAUCUGUCAGCUGCAAGCUGAAAGCAAGACUCGAUUUCGUACGAUUCACGUGAAACCAAGAAACGUAAACGCCCGAAAUCGCGCAGUACUGCACGACAUCAACUACAAUUACGAUCACAAAAUGGCGGAACAGGGAGUAGAUUUCCGAAUCGAGGAUCCAGCCUCGGUUUUGGUCUUCUAUUAAACUUGUCCUCGAACAUGCUGUCCAGCUGUAUCUUCCCUCUCGUCUCUCUUUUUUAUGACAAAGACAAUAUCUUACAACGAACGAUCUUUUUUAUAGUUUUUAAUUGUACAAGUUUAUUUUAUAUAACUCUAGGCAUCUGUCAUUUGUUAUACAUUUUACACUGGCAAUGAGAUACAAUAAAAUAGAAUUUGUGAAGGCAGUUCAUUUUCUUUCUUGUCUGAUAAGUCGUUGUUGAUUCACGUGUAGAUUUGUCAGACAUAAAUGCGCAGAUAAUGAAAAUAUUUGGAGUAUUGGUUCCUUGAGAUUUGAGGUCGUUGAAAGAUUAUUUGGAUUGUAAUAAAUUUAGUGAAAUUUUUUAUUCAGUAUAAAAUGACAAUAGAUGACUUCCAUGAUAAACAUAUUGUAAGAAACACUGGCAAUAAGAAUCUCUAAAAAUAGGUAGAGAUAAUUAAAAAUCGAUUUCUACCAAUACCUUGAUAAAAAUUAUUUUCGUUGACUUUCUUAAGAUACAACUCGAUCUUACUUGAGACUAUUGUACAAUCUUAAUCGCUAUAAACGGUAUAAAAAAA